AUGGCAACGAUACGUCUUGGGAUGCGUUGUCAAGGCCCGAAAACCAAAGUCUUGACUUGGGUGAACGAGGAUCCACAUGGUCGUUGUCCAGUACUCGAGUGGAAUAUCGUUUCCACGGCCUUCACUGGUGGCUAUAGAGAAGGAAUACUGGGUCUAUAUCAGCUUGUUUCUUCGACACAAGCCUGUCAAGCGACUGACCCCCGCGAUAAGAUCUUCGCGUUGCUAGGCCUCGCCGGCGUCUGGACGUAUGGUAUCACACCUGACUAUCAUAAGACUGAGUCAACAGUCUUUGCAGAAUUCGCUUUGAAGGUUAUAUCAGAAGAAAGGAACCUUGAGAUCCUCAAUCACACAUAUAUAGAGGAACCUAAUGACAAAGAACGGCGUCCUCUUUGGGCGCCGAGGUGGCAUCACAAGGACGCGACUGCACGCUUCACUAUGAAACCUGGCAGUUUCAAAUCUUCAAACACAAUGGAGAUGAGGAUGAGAUCACUGGAUGGCGGCCAAUCCUUAGAAUUGAGAGGUCUGCAUAUCGACAAGAUCAAAGAGACUAAUAAUAAGUGGGCAUACCAAGAUAUCAUGGCUAUGGGUAGCAUGGCCAUCGAUCACAGAUGUCUCCUGGAAGACCAGUAUGGUUCGGAAAUUAUUACACCAACUGUUUUAACGAUGAUAAAUGGCCGAGUACAGUCUAUUGUCGGUGAGCUGAGCCGCCCAACAGAUAACUCCUACCUCAAUUCCUUCGCCGCUUUUGCUUUCCAAUCACUUUUGAUGGUUUUCUCCAAUAAAGAUUACAACGAAAAGUUUCUGAAAGCAAUGAUUCAGCUUAUCAAAAUGGCAGUCCAAACUUAUCUUUCUGUACCGCAGAACGAGUCUAUCUUUGGAGAACCUGAAGUAUGGGAGUUCAUAGAUGAUAGGCUGGACCAGCUCUCUCCAGAAGACACGGAAACGAUAUCAUCCUAUGUGGAUAUUCUUGAGAGAAUCUUCAGUGACAUUGGAGAGGAUGCUGCGGCCUUCUCAGGGAAUCUCGUACAUAGUCACGGUAAAAAGUUCUUCAUUACGGAAAAGGGCUAUCUUGGUACUGGCCCUUGUUGUUUAGAGGCUGGGGACUCUGUAUGCAUUCUUUUCGGGGGAGAAAUGCCGAGUAUCGUUCGCCCAGUUGCACCCUCCAGCGAUGAGUAUCUAUUUCUUGGAAACGUAUAUGUACAUGGGAUAAUGGAUGGGGAGGCUAUUACUACUUGGGAGGAACAGAAGGAUUCCCAGGAUCCUACAUUCCAGGAACAGUUUUUUAAAUUAUUAUGA